AUGAUGUUGCUGCGACGACUGUUGUAUUUUAUGGCAUUGCUUUUGAGUGUUGCCUGUGUAUGUGUGGCGGCUUCUGAAGAGACUAAAGAGGACGGAGGUCCAGAAUCAGGUGAUGGUGAUUGUCCUCAUCCAGGCAAGACUGGAUUAAGUUGUGAAAAAAACGUCGACAUGCCUGAAGCUGAUCGUGCUCAUUGUGCGGACCCUUCUGAGAAUAAGAAGUGCACUGCCGAGGAUCAUAAAACUGACGGCGAGUGCCUUGAAGCUUCUAAAACGUGUCUAAAAUCAAAAGAUCCAAUGGAACCCCUGCCCAUUGCACCGAAGGAAACUGCUCUUCUUAGCGAACAGCUUCGUUCUGGUGGUACUUUGAAUGGCACUGGUGGUGCUGGAGGAAAUGGAAUGGGAAGACCAGGAAAUGAAGAAGGACUUUCACCAGCUGCUCCUCCUGGCAUUCUACCUCAAGAAAAAAAAGAUGAGAAUGAAGUGCCUCCUACAACGCAAGAUGAAUCAAUUGCGUCUCAGGGUCAUUCACAAACCACACGAUCGGACGGAAGUGCAGGAGAACUUCAACAAACUCCUGCACAGUCUCCUUCUGGAGGACCACCAUCACCUCCUGGUGGUCCCUCUGCUCCCGUUGUUACUUCGUCAAGAGAGCAUACAGGUGAACCUGUGCGUGGGACAGAAGAGAAUGAACAAAAUCCAGUACUUUCUGCAACUUCACAGAGCAAGAAUACCAAUGGUGAGGAUAAGGUGUCUGAACAUACACACAGUUCUACCAACGAGAAUGGCACGCAAGGUGCACGCGAUGGAGGAAGCAGUAAUGCUACACAGAAUCAAGAACGUACUGACUCACAAACUCAUUCCGAGAACGUUACAACACCUGAAGGAAGUACGUCAACAAAUACCCAAGAUGGUAAUGUGGGCAGUACAGACACCACCACUACUACCUCAACCACCACUACUACUACUACUACAACAACAACACUUCCUCCUGAACUCACAAACAACAAGAAGGGUGAUGCAGACAGCAGCAGCAGUAUCAGCAGUUCUGUGUGGGUGCGUGUACCACUACUGAUUGUGGUUACACUGGCCUGUAUUCUUGUGUGCUGA